GUGAGCUACAGUAUGUAUAAAUCUCCGUACCCUUCGCUCUCUUAGGAGUAUCAAUCGGUGUAGUGUCAAUCACAGCGGCGGCUUCCCUUUCAUCUCGAUCCUCCCAGUCGCUGCGAGAGAGAAGGCAGAGAGAGAAGAGACAGAGGACCGGGAAGGAGAGCUACAUUUCUUACGGAGCGGUGCUCCAGUUUGGAAGUCGGUCCACAGCGUAUCGGUUUAUAACGCACUCCUCGAUCUUUUGUAUAGUUUAUUACUUUUUUUUAGCCGUUAUUCAGUUCAAGUAUGUAUGUUCAUUCUAAUAGGGAUAGAUGCGCAGUAUUGUUUAAGUGGGGGAAAUAAAUAGUGUUCUACUUGUGACAAACAGGCAGCACGAGAUUCAGAGACGCGUUUUUUAAAUUAUAUUUUUCCUUAUUUUUUUUCCACGAAAGGACUGCAACUCUCACAGGACCCCAGAACGAGGAAAUAAAUAUAAGCAGAAGUUUUUUUCUACAUGCACUUUGACCGUUAGCGGAGCUCCCGGGUGUGUGCCCUCCUCUGCCAAAUCUAACGGCACAUCUGACUCUCGUGAUGAGGUUUUGACUUCUGACAUUUUAAAGAGCCGAACUGGCGAGUGCCGCGGGUUGAGCGUGCACUACACACCCGCUUUUGCCGAUAACGUCUUCAAUUUCGGAUAUUUAGAAUUUGAAUCAUUGUAAGAAUCAUAAUAUUUCGAAAAACAACGACAAAAAGGAUCUCCUGUUAAUUUAGCUAAAACAAAAACGUGAUCGCACGCAGUUUCCUCCAGGGUACGGAGCGGAGCGCAACACUUCAAGCCGCUUCAAGGAACAUUUUUGGUUUCCUUUUGGGGAUUUCGAUAGUUCCUCCAAUUUGGACAGUGCGAGUACUUCGACUGAAUCAAAAUGCCACAACUAGCAGGUGGUGGUGGUGGCGGGGACCCUGAGCUUUGUGCCACCGACGAAAUGAUUCCGUUCAAGGAUGAGGGAGACCAAGAACAAAUAUUCGCAGAACUCAGUCACUCAGAGGAAGACGAGGGAGACUUGGCAGAUAUCAAGUCAUCUUUAGUAAAUGAGUCAGAGACGAGUCCAAACAGCAAUCAUGAUGGAACUAGACAAUCCCAAAUAUCCCAAGACUCAUAUCAUGAAAAACACAGAGACCAUCACGACGAUGGGAAACACCUAGACAUGUACAACAAAGGUCACCAAUACUCUGGAUACCCAGGUUACAUCAUGAUGACUAAUAUGAACAACGACUCCUACAUGAACAACGGCUCCCUGUCGCCGCCCAUGCCCAGAACGUCCAAUAAGGUUCCGGUGGUGCAGCCAUCGCAUGCGGUUCAUCCGCUCACCCCCCUCAUCACGUACAGCGACGAACAUUUUGCCCCGGACCCCACUCCGGACACCACCCCCAGGACGUCAACCCCAAACAAGGUAGGCAAUGCCCCCCUCCCCUCAAUUCACUAACGCAGUGGACAUCAU